UUUGGUCAUUUUCCAAAUUUUGUUGGAACGCAUUUUUGGAAUACACAGGAAGCAUAUUUCUCAUAUGAUGAUCCCGGUGCAACGUCAGAUUCACCAGAGAUUUUGCAUGAUGUUUUAUUUCGAACGGGUGUUACUGAAAGGAGUAUCGAUACAUAUACUCCUAGAUUGAUAAUUUAUGAAUUGAAAGGUGGAUUCGGAUCAAUGAGCAAGAGGAAUAGACUUUAUCACGAUUUCUAUACGGAAGAGCAAUCUCAAGCAAAAACAUGGGAUUGGGGAGUUGAAAAGCAUGCACAUGAACCAUACAACAAAAAUGAAUUUUUGAGAGAUUUGGAGGCCGAAGAAGAAACUUCCACUUUGCCAUCCGAACAACAAGAAGCACCACCACCAAUCGAAGAAAUAAAUUAUAAUCUUGAAGAAAGUGUGAAAAUGUGGUCGGACUUUAAUCGCGUAUAUUACCAUCCGAAAACGCUGAAUCAGAUCAAUCAGUAUCAGUUUGACGAUGAAUUUAUGCCGUUUGAUGUGUUCUCGUAUGGACAAGAGUGUUUUGUGCAACAUGAAAAGGAAGAAUCGACAUUUGAUGAGAAUUUUAGAUUCUUUGCGGAAGAGUGUGACAUCAUUCAAGGAUUCCAAAUUUUCACGGAUAUUUUGGAUGGGUUUGGCGGGUUUUCAUGUAACUUUCUUGAGCAAUUACGCCAGGAAUAUCCGAAACAUGCGGUCUUGACUUAUGGAAUUACAAACAGCCAGAAAUUAGUUUCGCCACAUUAUUCUCUUAAGCAUUACCAUAAGCAAACUCUCAAUUCUGCAUUCAGCACAGUACAGUUCAACGAAAUGUCAUCAAUUUACGUUCCACUGACCACGCCAGCCCAGGCCUCCAAAAUUUCCAAGUAUACCCGGCCCAACCCACAUCUCCCAUAUCAUUCUAGUGCAAUACUUUCGGCUGCCACAGAAACAGCAUUACGCCACGGAUUCAUGUCCAUGAAUGAUUUGUUUGGGCAGUUGAAUUGGCGAGGAAAUACUAAAACCGGAAAUUUAGGGUCGGCGUUUCCGCUUCCUAUUAACAUGCAUGGAGAUAUUGAUGUUGAGUCGUUAGACGAUCAAGCAGGCCCGAUUGAAGAUUUGUCGAUACGAAUUGAACAUGGAGCGAAAGUAUCUGUUUUUGGUCAGUCUAUUGUAUUAAGAGGGUUACCUAAAGAAUUUCCGUCUCUAUCGGAAGACAGACCUGCAAAUGCAUCCGAGAUAAGAUCCAAUAUAUUACAAGAUUUUGAACAGUCUGGUUGUCCAAAAACCUUGAGGUGA